ACGUGCCUUUAGCACGUUGCCCAACACUGGAAAGCUUCCAAGGCAACUCUACAAUUGUCAUGAUCAUGUGGAAAUUUCAGGAACGAAAGCAAAUUACAAAAAAAGACGAUUUAUCUAUUUGAUUGUUGUUCGCUCAUAACAAGAAGAAGAAGAAGAUGCCACGCAAGAAGAACCAUAAGACUCCAAUUGAAGUCGGCGACUUUGUCUUUGCCAAAGUAAAUGGAUACCGAGCCUGGCCAGCUCGUGUGCUCGAAGUUAAUCCCCGUUAUCAAGUUUAUUUCUACGGCACUUGCAAUACAACUAAAGUUAAUCGAAAUCAAAUUUUCCCAUAUAUAAAGCACAAAAAUAGUCUAGGCAACUUGAUCAAACCCCGUGUCGGUCGUAAAUCCACAUUUAGAGUGGCCAUGAGGAAUAUGGAGUUGGCCUAUAAUGAUCCCGAUAAUGAUAUUGAGUAUUUUAAUUUGCUAGAGAUAAAACAAGGCCGGGGUUUCUCCGACACUCUAGUCUACGGUAUGCUAAAUGAUUCCACGUUGUCGGACUCCACGGAAGAAGAAGAAGAGGCAGAAGAUGAUGACUCACAAACGGAAGAAGAAGAAGAGGCAGAAGAUGAUGACUCACAAACGGAAGAAGAUCAAUCUCAAACCGAAUCGGAUGGCAGUAGUAUGAUUGUGGAGAUUAGCGAUUGAUUCUUAUGCCAUAUAUCUAGAAAUUUAUAUAUUUUAUAAGAAACAAUCAAAAUUAAGUAGAGCUUCUCGACGAGAGAAACAA